AUGGCGCAGGCCGUAUCGCUGGAGGCCAAGGAGUUGUCCAGUAUCAGCUUCCUCAAACAGCGUCCUAGGAACGUGCGGCUGGACCUCUGGCCCUUUGUUUGUGCCUACGUCGCGUGGAGUGGAUAUGUGCUCUGGCGCCUGGUCACCAUCGGGACCGAAGGGUUUUACCUCAUUCAGCUUGCUACAUAUGCCCUCCUGGCCAUACACGCCGUGACCUUCCUGUCCGGGGUCUGGAGCGUCGGCAGCCAGGCUCGCCUGCGCUUCCGGCCGGCGGGGUCCAUCUCGCAGGCCACGCAUGUGCUGGUCGUGCCGCAUGCGUUUGUGGGGACACGGGACAUUGUCCCCCUGGAGCAAAAGGCCGAUGCGGCCGGCGUGCCGCGCUACGCUUUCUCCUUCCGCAAGCUGCGCUUCGUGCACAGCGCAGACACCGGCGCCUUCACCAAGCUCAAGUACCCCUCUCAUGACACGGUGGGCGCCUACCUCGCCGCCACGGGCCUGGGCAGCGAGGCCGCCACGGCCGCCGCGCUGGAGCGGUGGGGCGACAACCGCUUCGAGGUGCCCGUGCCCAGCUUCGCGGCGCUGCUGGCCGACCAGCUCAUGGCCCCCUUCUUCUGCUUCCAAGUCUUCUGUGUGGGCCUCUGGGCCCUGGACGAGUACUGGUCUGUGCGGGGCGGGGGUCGGUACUACUCCCUGUUCACCCUCUUCAUGCUGGUGACCUUUGAGUGCACCGUGGUCGUGCAGCGGCUGAAGAACCUGAAUGACGUCCGAGCCCUGCAGACACCCAAGGAGGCGCUCAGCGUGUACCGAGGGGGCAAGUGGGCCAAGAUCCCGGGGGACAGCCUGCUCCCCGGCGACGUGGUUUCCAUGCUGCGGGACGACAGCGGGAACGACCUGGUGGUGCAGGCCGACAUGCUGCUGCUGGCCGGAAGCUGCAUCGUGGACGAGGCGGUUCUCACCGGGGAGAGCACGCCGCAGUGGAAGAGCGCCAUCGACGAGAACGACGAGGGAGGCGCCGAGGCUCGGCUGUCCAUCAAGCGGGACAAGGCGCACGUGUUGUUCGGCGGGACCAAGAUCCUGCAGACCACGGGCGAGCGGGCCGCCAGGCUGAAGACGCCCGACAACGGCUGCCUGGCCGUCGUGCUCCGAACCGGCUUUGGCACCGCCCAGGGCCGGCUGAUGCGCACGAUCCUGUACUCCACCGAGAAGGUGUCGGCCAACAAUGUGGAGACCUUCCUCUUCAUCGCCUUCCUCCUCGUCUGGGCCAUCGCCGCCUCCGGCUACGUCCUGUACUACGGCCUGGCGGACCCCAACCGGGAUCGGUUCAAGCUGGUCCUGAACUGCAUCAUGAUCCUGACCUCGGUGGUGCCCCCCGAGUUGCCCAUGGAGCUUACCAUCGCCGUGAACGCCUCGUUGCUGGCGCUGUCACGGCUGCGCAUCUUCUGCACCGAGCCCUUCCGCAUCCCGUUGGCGGGCAAGGUCACCACCUGCUGCUUCGACAAGACGGGGACCCUGACCAGCGACCACUUUGUGCUGGAGGGAGUCGUCGGCUGCGGCGCGCCCGAGGGGGGCCCCGAGCCGGAGGCAGGCGCGCUCCAAGAUGCCAAGUCCCUGCCCAGGGCCACCGCCCGCGUACUGGCAGCCUGCCAGUCCCUGGUGCAGGUGGACAAGGAGACCAUCGGCGACCCGCUGGAGAAGGUCGCCCUGGAGGCAGUUGGCUGGACCACGCUGGGCCAGCAGGGCGUGCGGUCCAAGGACGGGGGACCCAGGGAGACGGUCGAGAUCGUGCAUCGGUACGCUUUCUCCAGCACCCUCAAGCGCAUGAGCACCCUUGUGGCCGUCGAGCCCGAGGGCGCCACCGCGACCAAGAGCCACUGGGUGCUGACCAAGGGCGCGCCCGAGGUCAUCCGCGGCGACCUGGCUGCAGUGCCACCGCAGUACGACGCGACGCACCGCCGCUUCGCGGCGCAGGGCGCGCGCGUGCUGGCGCUGGCCUGCCGCCGCCUGCCCGCCGGCCUGGCGGCGGCCGACCUGCGUGCGCUGCCGCGGGAGCGCGCCGAGGCCGGGCUGGACUUUGCCGGCUUCGCAGUGUUCCGCAGCCCACUGAAGCCGGAGAGCGAGCCGACGCUGGGCGCGCUGCGCGCCUCGGGCCACCAGCUGGUCAUGAUCACGGGGGACGCGCCACUGACGGCCUGCCACGUGGCGGCGGCCGUACACAUCGUGGUGCGCCCUGCCCUGGUGCUCCAGGCGCCGGCGCCGGGCACGGGACGGGGGCGCAAGGGUGGCGAGGGGGGUGCCGCGGCCGGCGGCGACGCCGCCGACUCCGCCCUGCUCGCCACGCCGCCCCUGGAGUGGGUCAGCCCCGACGAGUCUCUGCGCCUGCCGUUUGACCCCGCUCUGGAGGCCGCCGCGGCGCUGGCGGCCGACCACGAUCUGUGUCUGACCGGCGACGCGCUGGCGGCACUGGCGGCCACGGGCGCCGCCCCCGCCUACGUCCCCUUGACCUCCGUCUUCGCACGCGUGACGCCCGACCAGAAGGAGCUGGUUGUCAAGAUCCUGCGUGGCGCUGGCCUGGGCGUGCUCAUGUGCGGCGAUGGGACCAACGACGUAGGGGCGCUUCGCGGUGCGCACGUGGGCGUGGCCUUGCUGGCGCCGCCGGAAAAGAAGAAGAAGCGGGGCGAUGAGAAGAAGCGGGGCGACGACAAGAAGCGGGGCGAGGACAAGAAGGGGAGCAGGGCCUUGGCAGCAACGGCGGGGGCUCCAUCGUCGGGUCCGGUCGCCGCACCAGCCGCGCCGGGUGCACCAUCUCCACCCACCGCCCCCGCGCCGCCGCCCGGCCCGGGGGCCAAGAUGCUGGAGGACAUGGCGAAGAAGGGGCGGCCCAUCACGCCCUUCAUGCGCCGCAUGGCAAAAGCCAUGGACGAUAUGGCGGCUGCGCAGGCCGGGGCGGGGGACGAGGUGGCCAUGGUCAAGCCGGGGGACGCGAGCAUGGCCUCGCCCUUCACCGCCAAGCAGGGCAGCGUGGCGCCCUGCCUGGACAUCCUGCGCCAGGGGCGGUGCACCCUGGUGACCACCAUGCAGAUGUUCAAGAUCCUGGGCCUGCUCUGCCUCUCCUCUGCCUACUCCCUCUCCGUCAUGUACAUGGACGGCAUCAAGCUGGGCGACAUGCAGGCCACGCUGGCAGGCGUGCUGACGGCGGGCAUGUUCUUCUUCAUUUCCCACGCCAAGCCUCUGGCGACGCUGUCGCGCCAGCGCCCGCACGCGCGCGUCUUCAGCGCCUACACCCUGGUGAGCCUGCUGGGCCAGUUCGCGGUGCACAUCUCCUUCCUCAUGUUCAUGCAGAGGACGGCGCACGCCAUGAUGCCGCGGGAGGAGAGGCAGGAGCCAGACUCGGAGUUCAAGCCCAACCUGAUCAACACCAUCUGCUUCCUGACGAUGACCUUUGCAGUCAACUACGUGGGCGCGCCCUUCAACACGCCACUCCAGGAGAAUCGCUUCUUCGCCCUGUCGGUCAACUGGAGCACGCUGGCCUAUGUCCUGCUGGUGCUGGACCUGCCGAGGGGGCUGAGGACCUGGUUCUCCCUGGUGGCCAUCCCCGCAGAGAUGCAGGGCCAGCUGCUGGUGCUGGGCGGCUUGGCCUACCUGGCGGCGGGGACGAUAGAAAGGAUGGCGCGGGCGAUGUUCCCUGCCCCCCUGGUGCCGGAGAAGGGGGGCCUGCACCGGUCCAGGACCCCCAUGGGUCCCAGGAAGAAGCAGCAGUGA